GAAUACAUUACUUGUUGACAAAAUUUUCUUUAAACCCAUUUUAGCGUGUCAUUAAUAUCCUCCUAAAUCUUAGAUCUACAGUAGUUGUAUAAUUUAAUUUUUCCAUUCGAAGUUUUUUCACUUCACUGUUCACACCCCUCCUCUCUUCCCUCCAUUGAGGCGUUCGCUGAAUCCUCCGUUGAAUCGCACUCUGAAUUCUCCAUUGAAGCGGUUUAUGAGCUUUCUCUUCUCCAUUGAAGCAGUUUCCGAGGUUUUGGUUUAUAUAACCCUUUAAUGUCAGAACCAAACCAUGAAAAUGGACCUUUUCUUGCUCAGGAACGGACAUGUUUGAAUUCUGCAGAACGGAUUGGGAUUGGGAAUGUAUUCAACAAGCUGACAAAGCAAUUGGGCAAUCCUGUCGAGUUUGAACUUCCAGACCGGUUAAAUAAAUAUCAGUCUGCUCCAUAUAUUUUUAUAAGACGCAAUAUAUAUGUGACUAAGAAACCAAAGAGGCGCCAUGAGGAUGAUGGUAUAUUUUGCACUUGCAGUUCAUCUACAGGAUCUAAUGCUUCUUGUGGUAGAGACUGCCACUGUGGGAUGUUACUCUCCACCUGCUCCUCAAACUGUAAAUGUGGAGAUGAUUGUGUUAAUAAACCAUUUCAACAGCGUCCUGUGAAAAAGUUGAAACUAGUGCAGACUGAGAAAUGUGGAGCAGGCAUUGUGGCUGUUGAAGAUAUUAAGCAAGGGGAAUUUGUUAUUGAAUAUGUUGGAGAAGUAAUUGACGAUAAAUUAUGUGAAGAAAGGUUGUGGCGCAUGAAAAGCACUGGGGAAACAAAUUUUUAUCUUUGUGAGAUUAACCGGGACAUGGUAAUCGAUGCCACAGAGAAGGGGAACAAAUCAAGAUACAUUAAUCAUAGUUGCUGUCCCAACACAGAGAUGCAGAAAUGGAGUAUAGAUGGAGAAACAAGAAUUGGUAUAUUUGCUACACGUGACAUUAAAAAGGGCGAGCAUUUGACAUAUGAUUAUCAGUUUGUUCAAUUUGGUGCAGAUCAAGAUUGCCAUUGUGGUGCUGAUAGCUGUAGACGUAAACUUGGUGUCAAGCCUAACAAGAAGAUGCCUUCAUCUGAUGCCGCAUUAAAAUUAGUUGCACGCCAGGUAGCGGCAUCAUCUCCCAAAGUGAAAGCAAUUUUGUUGGGAAAAAAUGUUUAUCAGAAUGGAAGUUGUUACAGAGAUCAAAGACAGUGCUCCUUUAAUUGCAUUGGUGAGGUUGUCAGGAUUCCCCGUCCUGACCAUAGUAGGACAUUUGGUAUUAUAAAGCGGUUUGAUAACACUACGAAGAAGCACUUGAUCAUGUUUGCAGACGGCAGUGCUGAAUUCAUUGACAUGUCCAAAGUAGAUUGGGAAUUUUGUAAUUUCUUAUUGUAGUUCAGGAAGACGAUCCACUGUUUAACCUCAACAAAGAAUGCUCCAAGAUGGGAGAGGAUUGAACAUUAUCAAAUUGGCAACAUUAUUUUUACUAACUCCUGUAUCAUUAUCGACCCAUGUAUCAAUCAUUCUUUUGUGUUCUUUAUUGGUAAUAAAGAGUAAGAACUUGUAAGUUACUAAGUUGUUACAUAUGUACCCUGUUCCUCCUGAAUGGAUUUGUCUGAAGUUCUGAUCCUUGAUGGUUUUUUGCUGAAGUUCUGAACUUUUCUUA